AUGAUCGCAAAUAAUUCUGGACUCGCAAUAACUUGCUGUUAUCGAUCGUACGCAGAACUGAAAGUAUUACUACGGUUUGUUGAUACAAUGAGCAAAAAGAAGAAAGAUUUCCCUAAAACCAAGUUGAAAAUUGGGAAAAAACUGAAGAAAACAACUACUACUGAUACACGAAUCCAUUCUAAAAAAGUUGUACUCGUAGAACAGUUAACAAAAAGUAGUGAUAGUUGCUUAUCAUAUCGUGGCUUAUCAUUGAAUGAACUGUGUCGUCAACUUGGACAUUACAACAUAAAUGUGAGACGAAAUUCAGUAGUUGGUGUAAGGCAGUUACUUUCUUCACAUCCGGAACUUGUGCCGAAAUAUUUGCAUAUAUUGAUACCGACUGUUGGGCGUUUAAUUGCUUGUGAUAAAAGUGAUUCAUCGUUUCAUGCUCAACUACGUGCUCUUCUGGAAUUAUUAUGUACAACGAGUGCUUCAACGAUUUCAUCUCAUUUCACGCUAUUAAUAGCUCAUACUCUUCGAGCUUUAACACAUCUCAGGAUGGGUGUACGGAUCUAUGCGCUUACCAUUUUGACGCUACUAAUGCAAACUUAUCCUGAUCUUUGUCGCAAUAGUAUCGAUUUAUUCGAUUCAUUUGUGGAAUUUCUAAAUAGUAAGAGGAUUCCAGCAAACAGAAAGUUAUUGGUAGAUGGCGUUCACGCUUUCUUGCGAGCUUUCUUAGUAGAAGAAUGUGCGACAGUUGGACCUCUUCAUGUUGCAUCGUUCAGCAUUCGUACUAAACAGUAUACUAGGAUUAACUUAACUUCAGCCAUUCGACCACUGAUCGAUUUCUGUGUGCUUGGUUCACAGCCACGUCAGUCAAAGUCAUCACUUUAUUUACCUGAUAAAUUUCUACAAGCACUAUCCGGAAUUCUUUCAUUGUUUUUAAUGAGCGCAUCAGAAGAAGUAUCCUCUUCUAAUGAAAAAGAAUGGGUAGAAAUAUUUGGAAUAUUUAAUAAAGUACUGCCGCAAAUUCGCGCUUCGUCUCAAACUGUCCAGUUCGAAGAAGAAUUAAAAAAAGAUUAUCUGGUAUCAGCUCUUUAUUGA